GUUAGGACGUUGUUAGGUCUGUGAACGAAAUACACGUGUAUUUCGUUCACAGACCUAACAACGUUUUUUUCUCUCUCUCGGACUUUGGAACGUGUAACAUUUCUUAUAACUUUAAGAUUAGAGGAUGGAUGCCGCUGCUUUCUUUUGUGCCAAUUACUGCCACGGUUUCCCUUUACGAUGUGACUCCAUGAUACGUAGUGCGCUUCUGAUGGUAGCGCUUCUGACAGACGCUGAAGCUUUCCGGGUGAUUGGUGGAAAUGUGACGGUGCUUCAAGGAGGCACCGCUAUCUUACCGUGUUAUGUCAUUGAUACCACUGAUGACCUGAUAGAGAUUACCUGGCAGAGGAGGACGAGAGAAAAACCUCGCAAUGACAAUUUCUUCACUAUCUUACCCAGAGAUGGAGCACAAUUUGUCAAUGGAGGUGAUGAUCGAUUUAAAUAUAUCGGGAAUUUUAAUGACAAAAAUGGAACUCUUCAGUUAUCCAAUGUUGCCCUGAAGGAUGAAGGCAGCUACACAUGCAUCUUCACCUUGUUUCCCAGUGGAAAUCAGAAGACAGAGAUACCGCUAAAAUUGUUUGUGCCUCCAUUCACAAGCGUGAAGGACAAUCUUCCCACUUUGGGCACAGAAGAGGUUUUAUUUGCUACCUGCACGGCUGCUGGAUCGAAGCCUCCUGCAGAGGUGAGGUGGCUCACUGGUGCUUUGGGAGACAAAGUGAGGUCGACAACAAACUCCACACAUUAUGACAACGAUACAACUACCACAGUCAGCUCUCUGUUUGGUGUUCCUACGAGAGAGAUUAACGGUCACCAGGUCCAGUGUGUCAUCAGCAGUGACUCCCUGUCUGAAGAAGAAACCCUGCCCUUCACCAUACAGGUCUACUUCUCUCCUACAGAAGUGAACAUUAGAGCAAAAUCUGAGGACUCAUUUGAGUGUGUGACAGAAGCCAACCCAAGUGCAAAUUUUACAUGGAGCAGAUCUGGCCAGUCUUUGCUGCAAUCUGCUGUCAAAGUAGAGGGUGCGAAGCUACAACUGCUGAGUCUGAGCUCUGAUCUAAAUGGCCUCUAUCAGUGUGAAGCGUCUAACACAUAUGGAAGUAAACACGGUCAGCUCUAUGUGCAUGUGGCAUCAGGAGCAUGCUCUGCUGCUUGGGCCUUAUUUGGUGUUUUGCUUUUCCUGAAUGUUGUUGGGGCUGCAGCAUGGUACUUUUAUAAACAUGGAUGUUCUCAAAGGAGGUCUUUAAAUCAACAUGGUGGCAAGCAGCAUGACACAAAACUUCAUCGGAGUGUGAGAAACGAUGAUCGCGGACCAGAGGAAGAAGACCUACAGAGAGAUCAAGAGGAAUCUCUCUGACAGCAAAAGAUCAACAUCAUUUGGCCUGAAGGCUCCACCAACAUGUCAUUUUAUAGUCAGCUGGUAAAUAAACAGAUGAAGAACAGAUGCCUCUGCCUGAACUGGACACAAUACGUGUUACGUGAACCUGCAACAGGGUCUGGACCACAGACAGAUUAACAUAAAACCACAGGGAUGUCAGACAAACACAGGAACAUGACCGCAGAAACAAAGGGUAACAAAACAGGGAAACUAGACACAAAAGGAAACUCAUAUAACUUAACAGCCCGGAGGGAGAAAUAAUAAAUUUAGUUGCAUUAAAGAAAACAAAAGUCAGGACUAACUAAUACAGAAAAUAAGAACUAGAAAAUGAAAAUCUCUUAAAUCCAAAGGAAUGAAUCACAAGACCAUAAUAAAUUCAAAACUUGGUCGUAGAACUUGGUCGCUCUCUCUGUCUCUUCACGUCUCUGUGUCUGUGUCUCAGCGUUUGUGAGUUCCUGUUUAUUUUGUCAUCCUCUCAUAUGUCUUGUUUUUCGCUUUGCUUCCCCCAUCUUGUCUUGUCCAUGUGUGUUCCCAUGUUCCCUGUCUCCACUUCUCCUAACCACCCUCCUGUGUAUAUAUUGUGUUCCUCCCCCCUUGUACUUGCACCGUUAUGUUCCGAUCAUGAUCCUGUUAGUUAGACAGUUUGUAUCUAGUUUCCUUUUCAUUUAAGGGCUCCCUUUGCCUGAAACUCCUUUGUGCUGCCUCCAUGUUUGCAAUCCACACCAUCAAAACAGAGAGCUGCAGUCUUUUGGAAGAUUGAAACAAAAAACACAGCUUUCAGGAACAAUUGCCAACAGCUACCACAGGAUGGCAGUAAUGUAAGGGAUGGCUUCAGAUAGGUGGGGAGCUUUAUAACAACACUGUUCAAGAUGAAAGGAGAAAAUUUGUUUUACUUUGGGACGUUUUAAUUCAUGUGUAUUUUUAGAUUUGACAAGCCAAGCACUGUCUGCUUUUCUUCUCCUGUCUGCCAUGUGUUAAAUUACAGUAAUGUGAAAUGA